AUGUCCGAUUGCGAAAAUGGUAAUGUUGAAGGAGAGAAUUUAAACGAAGAAGAUGACAAAGUGGUUACGUUUAAAGACUUGGGAAUUGUUGAUGUUUUGUGUCAAACUUGUGAAAGUUUAAAAUGGAAGGCGCCUACAAAAAUUCAAAAAGAAGCAAUACCAUUAACUCUUCAAGGAAGAGAUGUCAUCGGCCUUGCAGAAACUGGAUCUGGAAAAACUGGAGCUUUUGCAUUACCCAUAUUACAAGCUUUGCUUCAAAAUCCACAAAGAUAUUUUGCAUUGAUUUUAACUCCAACAAGAGAACUUGCUUUUCAAAUCUCUGAACAAUUUCAGGCGUUAGGAUCUAAAAUUGGUGUUAAAACUGCUGUAAUAGUCGGAGGAAUGGACAUGAUGUCUCAAGCAUUACUACUCGCUAAAAAACCACAUGUAAUUAUAGCAACACCUGGCAGACUUGUAGAUCAUUUAGAAAACACAAAAGGAUUUAAUUUAAAAGCUCUUAAAUUCUUAGUAAUGGAUGAGGCGGAUAGAAUUUUAAAUAUGGAUUUCGAAGUAGAAGUUGAUAAAAUAUUAAAAGUCAUACCAAGGGAAAGAAGAACUCUUUUAUUUUCUGCCACGAUGACGCAAAAAGUUCAAAAACUUCAAAGGGCCUCUCUACAUGAUCCUGUUAAAGUUGAAGUGUCUAGUAAAUAUCAAACAGUUGAUAAAUUACAGCAAUAUUAUUUAUUCAUUCCUGUAAAAUUUAAGGAUGUGUACUUAGUUUCGAUUAUAAAUGAAAUGGCUGGUAAUACAUUCAUGAUAUUUUGUGGAACUUGUCAUAAUACAUUAAGGACUGCUCUCCUACUUAGGCAAUUAGGUUUUACAGCUAUACCUCUACAUGGUCAAAUGUCUCAAAAUAAAAGAUUGGGUGCCUUAACUAAAUUUAGAGCCAAAAAUAGAUCCAUUUUAAUAUCUACUGAUGUCGCAUCGAGAGGAUUAGAUAUUCCUCAUGUUGAUGUCGUUAUAAAUUUUGACAUACCUACUCACAGUAAAGAUUACAUACACAGAGUCGGAAGAACUGCCAGAGCAGGUAGAUCUGGAAAAGCCAUAACAUUUGUUACCCAAUAUGAUGUCGAACUUUACCAAAGGAUAGAACAAUUAAUUGGUAAAAAACUUCCAUUGUUUAAAAUAGAAGAAGAUGAAGUUAUGACUUUACAAGAAAGAGUUGCAGAAGCUCAGAGAAAUAGUAAAAUGGAAAUGAAACAUAUAUCUGAAAUGAAAGGUAAAAAAGGAAUCAAAAGAAAAACAGAUGAUAAUGAUGAUACGGAAGAAUCGAGAGGAGUUAGAAAACGUUUAAAGGGUAAAUCUAAAAUGAAAUUUAAAAAAAAACAUAGAAAAUAA